ACGUUUAUAUUAUUCAUUUAUUGUUAAUUAUAAUGUAUAAAAUAUUAAAAGUGCAUGAGGGUAUAUGGGUAAAAUGUCAUCAAGGAUUUAUGCCAUAUUCUAAAUCCCACAUCAACAUGUGGGAUUUAUAAGUCCGUGGGGUCCACGGAUUUGGACCCUUAAAAUCCGUGGGCCCCACGGAUUUGGUUUCAAAAAAGGUACAAGCAAACAACUCCAAAUCCGUGGGCCCCACGGAUUUGGUUUCAAAAAAGGUACAAGCAAACAACGGAUUGUACCUAAAUCCUUGAUAGUUGGUUUUUUGGUGUAGAGAAUCCUUGAAGCAAGCGAAACCCUAAAAAAUAAAGAAAAUUGAGGUGUAGAAAAAACGGGGUAAACAAAGAACGGAUUCAACAUUUGCCACAGCAUAAACCCAAAACCCUUGGGAGUGGCCAGUGACUACCAAAAAGCUCUCCGCAACUGCAACUGCAACUGCUGGGAUGGCUUCUCUUAACAGCAAUAAGGAAUGAUGCUAUUCGAUGAAUGUCUAGAUUCUAAUCCAGAGCUAGAAGACAUACCGUAAGUGCCCAGGUGAAAUAGAAUGUUGAAGGCGUUUCAAUUGGUAUCUACCUUUUCUGCUCGCAAUUUGUGGUUACUUUCUGUUUCUCUGGUGUCGCCCUUGCUAUUCCGUCAAGCCCUCCAUGAUUCGUUGGGGCAGAAUUAGAAAGUUGUCAGAUCCCAGAUGGGGCUUAAAGAAUUUCGGUGAUAGCCAAUGGUGCCAAUCGCAGCCAGUGGCUUGCUUAUGCUCCGUUAUAAGUGGUCCUAGGUUAUAUGGAAGGAGACAAAUGGUUUCUUGGGAUAAUCCUGGUGCUUCUGUUGGGGCUUCGGUGACUUAUGGCCAAAUUUCUGGAGCCAAUAGACGAGAAGCUCGGAGAAAAGGGCAAGCUGCAUUGUUGGAGUACUUGCACUCAACAAGGAGUUUACAGUUUAUGUAUGCAGAUGAUAUAAGUAGAAAUUCGCCUCAUUUUCUGGAGAAAAUACUGGCGAAGAUUGAUUAUUCUGAGAAAGAUAUUGGCAGGUCUAUAACACGUUUUCUGAGGUAUCACCCCAUCAAUGAAUUUGAACCUUUCUUUGAGAGUUUGGGUUUAGAGCCGAAUGUAUACAGUUGUAUUCUUCCUGAAGAUAUGAUGUUUCUGAGUGAUGAUGGUUUGCUCAUGGAGAACUACCACGUCUUGUGUGAGUAUGUGAUACCAAGAAAUAAGAUGGGGAAGAUUCUCAUUGAGGUACCUGAAGUUUUUCGGUAUGAGCAUGGGGUGUUGGCCUCAAAAUUCAAAGCCUGUGAAGGAGCAGGGAUUAACAGGUCUUUCAUAGCUAAGGUGAUAGUUUCCAGCCCUCAAUUUUUGACGGGGAAUGCUAUUGUUGAUUUUGUUAGUUUGUUGCAAGUGUUGGGAAAAGUGGGUAUUUCAUUAUCUUGGGUUGAAGAGCAUCUGCCCGAGAAGAUGUGUUGUCCUUGGAGCCAGGUUCUGUCACUUAUCAACUUAUUCGUCAAGAUUGGUUAUAGUGAACAACAGUUAUGUUGCUUGAUAAUCCAGCAUCCGGAUAUCUUAUUUGAGGCGGAUAAAACACUAUCAGUUAUCGGGUUCUUAUCCAAAUUUGGCACCCCUAUGAAUCAGGCAUGCUCAGUCUUUUUUGAAUGUCAAGUAAUGGAGGUUGGAAACUUUUUGUCAAAUUUGAGGCAGUGCUUCGUGUUCUUUACUGAGAUCGACAUGGAGCCACUUGAGAUUGGAAAGAUUGUGCAUUCUCAACCUCUAUUGUUGAGUUCAUGUGCAUUGAAGAAAACCAGCACUUUGUUAUCUCGUUUGAAAUGUGGGAAGGUGACGCUUUGUGAGGUUAUCCUGAAUGAUCCCUUUCAAAUAAAGAAUUGGGUGAUUGGAUCAAAGUGUACACCACUGGGUCCAAGUGAUAAACAAAGCUCAAAGUUGUUGAAGAAGAAAUUCUUGUUGGACUUGGGAUUCACAGAUAACUCUGAAAAAAUGGAAAAAGCACUUAAGCUUAUUCGAGGCAAAGGAUCAGAGCUGCAAGAUAGGUUUGACUGUAUUGUGAGAGCGGGGUUGAAUAAACAUGAUGUUUGUGCAAUGAUCAAAUCAUGCCCGCAUAUUCUUAAUCAGUCGAAGGAGGUUAUCAACCUGAAAAUUCAUUUUGUUGCAAAUGAAUUGGGUUAUCCGAUCUCAGUGCUACUUAUGUAUCCAAAGUUUUUGGUCCGCACAGCGCAGGUGAUCAAGCUUAGAUUAUCCAUGUAUGAUUGGCUCAGAGAACAAGGACUAGUUGCUAGAACCCUGUCUUUCAGCACUGUUCUCAAUUCAUCAGAAAAAUUGUUUGUCAGGCAGUAUGUAACAAUUCAUCCCAGAGGGCCAGAGUUCUGGAAGGAGCUGAAGACUAAAAUAUAUUCCAGCUGAAAGCCUAAUUCCAUGGGGUCUGCUUCCAUCUAAGAGGCUAAGAAAAACCAGCUUCGCCCUACUGCAAGAAUUACCAUAAAGCAGAAAAUGACUUGGUCAUGUCAGCAUACGUUCCCAUUGCCUACAUCGAUUUCUGCUUGCAUUAUCCUGUUGAGUUUUGGAUCCUGUGGAAUAGACAUCUAAAACAAAAAGAAAGAUUGAUUCUUUGCUACCUGCCAUCCGCAGCAGAAUAAAUGGUCUAAAAAAACCCUGCUAGUGAAGGUCAUUUGAUUCAAUAGCGUUGCAUUUGACAGGAACGGAUUUGAUAAAUAUUGAUAACUCUCCAAUAGAGUAUCGAGUGGAAACAUCGAUUUUCGCAUCCUAACUUGGCACUGAUUUUCGCUUUACCCUUUACACAGGUUGAUUUCUGGACUAUGGGGAUGAUGGCUUCUGAGUUACUUGUUGAAUCUUCUUACCCAAUGCAUCUUAGCUUAAACAUGCAUGGCUAAGGUCAAGAUCUGAACUGUUACUGGGAACUCCACAGCAAGAUUAGAUACCUCUGCAUUAGAUUUUGUUUGACGACUCUUUUACUCUAAUUACUACUGAUUCUUUGGUUUUGGGGUUGAAUGACUGUCUGUAACUUGCUUGUGAAGGACUCAGUGUUGCCAGCAGCACCUUGGAUGCAACACAAUGAAAACUUUAUUUUGGA